UGUUCCAGAUCGCAGCAUCUGAAUUUCAAUUUGAGUUUCGUUUCAGCAUCGCAAGAUGAAUAAAUACGUGGCUCUGAUUUGGGCAGUGCUGCUGAUCUUUUUGGAGGCGGGAGGCGUCCUGGCAGACAGCGAUAGCGAUAGCGAUAGCAGCAGCAGUGGACACCACAAACACAAACACAAGCAUAAAUACAAUAAUCCGGCGUAUCCUACUGCACCAUUAUACCCAUAUGGUUAUCCUUAUCCGUAUCCAUAUGGCCAGCAACCGUAUACUCAAUAUCCACUUCCACCAUACGGCCAACAGCCCAUGAAUCAAUAUCCCAGCCAACCGCCUAUGAACCCAUACCCACCCAGUGGGUAUCCACCCAAUCAGCAGCAGCAGCCGCAGCAGCCUUAUAGCCCAUACAUGCCACCACCGGGUCCACCUGCACCACAAUAUGGACAGCAGCCUCCAUAUAAUCCCAAUCAGCAGCAGCCUCCAUAUGAUCCCAAUCAGCAGCAGCCUCCAUAUAAUCCCAAUCAGCAGCAGCCUCCAUAUAAUCCCAAUCAGCAGCCUCCCUAUAAUCCCAAUCAGCAGCAGCCUCCCUAUAAUCCCAAUCAGCAGCAGCCGCCAGCUUCGAGUGUUAUAAAUCACUCACUUAAAGUGAACAAAGAGUACAAGGAGGAUUAUAGUAAAAAUCAGACCCAAUAAUAAUAAUAAUGAAUAUAAAUAAAAAAUGCAAUGUAAUAUGUAAAAUGCAAUAAACGUUCGAAAGAACUCAUAUUAAA